AAAUAUCCUGUACGGAGACAGAGUAACCUUUGAGCUGCUCACGGCCGAUGCUGGCGGCUCCAGCGACAGUGGGGCGAUGGAGGGUGGUAGGUGCCGAUGGCUUCUCCCCAUGCUGCUCCUGCUCCCAGGUCUGUGUGUGGGGUUCAAUGUUGAUGUGAGGCGCCCGUGGCUCUUCCAUGGACCGGCCGAGGCCCAGUUCGGCUACAAGGUGCUGCAGCAGGCGGGCGGCGGGGAGAAGUGGCUGCUGGUGGGGGCCCCCUGGGACAGCGACCGCCAAGGUGACGUCUACAAGUGCCGCGUGGGACCCCCCAACACCAACUGCACCAAAGCCAACCUCGGAUCCGCAGCCCCGUGGCUCUCCCCAACCCCAGGCCACAAAGUGCACUUCGGGAUGACCCUCCUGGACUCCAAGGAUGGCGGCUUCGUGGCUUGCGCCCCGCUUUGGUCCCAGGCGUGUGGCACCUCUGUCUUCAGCACCGGCAUCUGCGCCCGGCUGGACGGUGACCUCCGGCCGGUGUGGACCAUCGCACCUACGGCACAGCGCUGUUCCACCUACAUGGACAUCGUCAUUGUCCUGGAUGGCUCCAACAGCAUCUACCCCUGGUAUGAGGUGCAGAACUUCCUCAGCAACAUCCUCAGCAAGUUCUUCAUUGGGCCCGGACAGAUCCAGGUGGCGGUGCUGCAGUACGGGGAGCAGGCGGUGCAUGAGUGGGUGCUGGGGCAGUACCAGACAGCAGAGGAGGUGGUGGAGGCAGCCAAGAACAUCAGCCGGCAGGAGGGGCGGGAGACACGCACGGCCUUCGCCAUCCACCAGGCUUGCACCGAAGCCUUCAGCCCCGAGCGGGGCGGGCGGGCAGAUGCCACCCGGCUGAUGAUUGUGGUGACGGAUGGGGAGUCCCACGAUGGUGAGGAGCUGCCCGAGGCACUGGCAGAGUGUGAGAAGCACAAUGUCACCCGCUAUGCCAUUGCGGUGCUGGGGCACUACCUCCGCCGGCAGCAGGACCCUGAGGAUUUCAUCCGUGAGAUCAAGUACAUUGCCAGCGACCCGGACGAGAAGUAUUUCUUCAAUGUCACCGACGAGGCCGCCCUCAACGACAUUGUGGACGCCUUGGGUGACCGCAUCUUCAGCCUGGAAGGCACCCACGGGUACAACGAGAGCUCCUUUGAGCUGGAGAUGUCCCAGAUUGGCUUCUCUCUCCAUCUCCUGGAGGACGGGAUCCUCUUCGGCACAGUGGGAGCCUACGACUGGGACGGGGCUGUGCUGGAGGAGAGCCGGCGCGGCCGCAUCAUCCCACCCCGGAAAGCCUUUGAGAAAGAGUUUCCAUGGGAGCUGAAGAAUCAUGCGGCUUAUUUGGGGUAUGCCGUCUCCUCACUGCGGCUGCCCGGUGGGCAGCGCCUGUACGUGGCCGGAGCCCCUCGCUUCCAGCACAAGGGCAAGGUGAUCCUCUUUGAGAUGGGCACCACGGGAACCGUGACAGUGGCCCAGGCACUGACAGGGGAGCAGAUCGGCUCCUACUUCGGCAGCGAGGUGUGCGCCCUGGAUGUGGACAGUGAUGGGGUCACUGACGUGCUGCUGGUGGCAGCUCCCAUGUACCUGGGUGCCCAGAGCAGGGAGACGGGGCGGGUGUAUCUCUACAGAGUGGGGCAGAGGCUGCUGGCCCCUGCUGGCACCCUGCAUGCCAACAAGAAGCCGCAGGACUCCCGGUUCGGCUAUGCCCUGGCUGCUGUGCCGGACCUCAACCAUGAUGGCUUCAAUGAUGUGGUGGUGGGGGCUCCGCUGGAGGACGGGCACCGUGGUGCCAUCUAUGUCUACCACGGUGCCCCGGGCACCCUCCUGCCCAAUUACAAGCAGCACAUCGAGGCGGCGGUGCUGGGUCCAACCCUCAGCUAUUUCGGGCGCAGCGUGGAUGGGCAGCUGGACCUGGACGGGGAUGGGCUGGUGGACCUGGCCGUGGGGGCGCAGGGGGUGGCUGUGCUGCUGCGCUCCCGCCAGAUUGUCCAGAUCAACACAUCGCUGACUGUGGAGCCACCAGCCAUCAACGUCAUCCAGAAGAACUGCCAACGCGGUGGCACUGGCGCUGUCUGCCUCCGGGCCAGGGUCUGCUUCCGCGCCAGGACCCGUGCCCGGGUCCAGCAGGACAGGGAGAUCGAGCUCCGGUACAAUGUGUCCCUGGAGGAGAGGACACCAGGAGCCCGGGCUGCCUUCGACUCUGGUGCCCGGCGGCUGCUGGAGCGCCGCCUUGAGCUCUCCCUGGGGAGGCAGAGCUGCCUCCGCUUCCCCUUCCACGUCCUGGACACCACGGACUAUCUGCGACCCCUCAGCUUCACGGUGAGGUUGGCCAUGGCUGAAUCCACUGGGCCAGUGCUGGAUGAGAGGUCCCCCACCACCAUCCGGAAACUGAUCCCCUUCUUCAAGGACUGCGGGGAGGAUGACAAGUGCGUCACGGACCUGGUGCUCAGGGCCACCAUGGACAUCGUGGGCUCCAGGCAGAGCCCCCAUGUCCUGCGCAAGGGCAGGAGGAAGGUGGUGGUGGACGUGGUCCUGGAGAACAAGAAGGAGAACGCCUACAACGCCAGCCUGCUCCUCCGCUUCUCCAACAACCUCCACUUCUCCAGCCUCACGCUCCAAGACACCAGCCCAGUGAAGCUGGAGUGCACGGCGCUGCCGGGUCACCGCCGGCUCUGCAGUGUUGGCUACCCUGUCUUCCGCUCACUGGCCAAGGUCUCCUUCACCCUGGAGCUGGAGUUCAGCUGCUCCGUCCUCCUUGACCAAGCUGAGGUCACCCUCGAGACCAGCAGUGACAGCACCGAGGCGACACUGGAGGACAACGCGGUCCAGCUUUCUGCCCCCAUCCGCUACGAGCCCGACCUCUUCCUCUCCAGCGAUGCCAACCUGCACCGGUACGAGGUUCACCCGCUCGGCACCUUCCCCCAUGGCCCCGGCCCUGAGUUCAAGACCACGGUGAAGGUGCAGAAUUUUGGGUGCUACCCAGCCCGAAACAUCACCCUCCACAUGGCCCUGCCCGCCCUGGGCUACCGCCAUACCACCUUCCUCUCAGUCACACGUGUCCUGGCCGACAAUGCUACCUGCAUGCUGCGGACCCCCCCUGAGGAGCCAUGGCAGUGGGGCACGGCCACGGUGGUCCCUGUGCACCCCGAAGACCUCCUGCAUGUGGACAGGCUGGACUGCAGCAACGCCUGGUGCCAGGAGCUGAGCUGCCGGCUGGGACAGCUGGACCGUGGUGGGGAGGUCUCUAUCCACAUCCUCCGCACCAUCCACAAUGACUUCUUCCGUGGGGCUAAAUUCAGGAGUGUGAAAGUCAUCAGCACGACCUGGCUGGGGGUCCCAGAGAGCAGCGUGCUGCUGCUGGAGGAGGGGGCACAUCGGAGGGAGAUGGUGCUUGAAAUCAUCCAGGGGAAGCGGGUGCCCAUCUCCCUCUGGAUCCUGGUGGGCAGCAUCCUGGGGGGGCUGCUCCUCCUGGCACUGAUCAUCUUCUGCCUGUGGAAGCUGGGCUUCUUCACCCGCAAGAAGCUCCCCAAGGAGGAGGAGGAGAAGGAGGAGCAGUGAGGGCAGGCGGUGGCCCCUCGAGCCCAGCACCAUCGAGAGGGGACACAUCCCUUUCCCAUCUUUGGGGACAACCAGGGGCUCGGGACUCUGCCACCCCCUCUGCCUCAGCUCCAUCCUUGCGGAGGGUGAUGCCUCCGUGGGGGCUGGAUUGUGCUGGCACACGGAUACAGCCAGGUGAGGUCGGGGGUCCAGUGUCGGGGCAAAGGAGCCCCCCAAGCUUUGACCCAAAGGACUUGGGGGUGGUUGUGGAAAGGGGAAAUCAACUGGGCUGAAACAAGCAGCUCCACCAAUAAAGCUCAGCCCUGCGGAGAUGCUCGAGCAUGUGGUACCCGCUGCUGUGCUCUGCCUGCAUCCCUGAUGUGCCCUGGCCUUGGGGAUGCUCCAGGAGUAGAAACACUUCCCAUUCCCAGAAAAACCACCAAACCCCUCUGGAGUGACACCAGCCAGGGCCAGGAAAUAUAAAGGGAUGGAGGGGAAGGGGGGGAGGCACGCAUGGCCCCUGGAUCCCCCAAAGGGCUCCAAGGUCCCUUCAGCCCUACACCUCUCCCUGCCCUCGCAGGGUCCUGCCCAGCAGAGCCGUAUCUCCUCGGGGCCCAGCAAGACUCCUGGCAAAGAGAUGGGCUUAAAUUCUGCUCCAGGGGGGAGAAAUCCCUGAUUUCAGGCACUUCAGGGCUGAGCUGGGACCAUGCACAAGAGGGAGGAACUAGGAGCAGAAACCUGGCACGAUCCCAAAUAUCCCUAGGUGUGCAGCCCCCCCCAGCACCCCCAAAUCUCACCCUGAAACACUGAAUAACAGGGAAAAUCAAUGAGAGAAACCCAGCAAAGAAAACACUUAAACCAGAUCUAGCUGCAGUUAAAGCGUUUUCCCUUUUGUUGUCACCACCCAACAUGGCCAAGAGCCAUUUAGCAGCUCUUAAAUCCCAGCCCAGCCCUCAAAAGCACAAGAUGAGCAGGUCUUCAGGCUUUAAAUGGAGGCCAGCCGAGCAGGGAGAGGUGGGCCACAGGAUGCAACAGUAGAGCGCAAGCUGCUUGUCUAGGAACGAGCCCUGCAGGUUGCAGGGAUAUGGCUCGUGGCUGUGUAUGGGGCAGAAGUCAGCACAUGCAUCUCUCUGCUUUGCUCCCCCCCAAAACACACUCCCACCACUUAAAAAAAAAAAAGGUACAGGCAGCAGCAGGCAGCUGCAAGGGGCAUCCAGCUGAACCCCCAUCCCCUCCAGCACCUGGAUAAGAAUUUUUCUCACCAGAAAAGCCCUUUACAGCCACCCCAGGAGGUUUAUUUCCAUCCCUGUUAGUCCUCCGACCGUUCCCCAAGCUCCUCAGGCACCUCUUACAGCCCCAACAAUCCUUCUCCACAUCUGAUCUUCUUUAUAAAGGCCUUUAUUUGACUUAAUAGCAAACAAAACACUAGUUUAAAUCGAGUGUACGUAGUACACUGUUUACAGCAAUGAAGCGGCAACAUGUUUAGACACGACCUACCUCUCCCUCCUGCCCGGCCAAGCCGGGGGUUUGACAUUGCCAUGUGGUGGUUUAGUGGGUGCCAUAAGCACAGAGGUUAUUCAGACGAUAAAAACAAGAAGUCAAACGUGGAUGAAAUGUUACAGAAGUGGGAAAAAAACCCAACCAACCAAAAAACCAAAAAAUUCCGCAAAAAUAAAGAGACUCUCUUCAAGUUA